GCUGGUCCCUGCCCCCGGCCGGAGGAGGGCUAGAGCGCCUGGGCCAGCCCCCCGAGCCGGCUGGGUGGGCGGGCGGGUGGGAGCAGACGCCGGGCACUGUCACCGCGGGUGCACCGAGCGCACCGACCGGGGACACGGGCAGCUGGGGACCGCCAGAUUCCACCAGCGCCCCUUGCCCCGCAGGGGUCCUCGGCUUGCGCUCCUGGGUAGCAGCCACCGGGGCGGAGGGAGAUGUCGCCCGGAGCCAGCCGCGGUCCCCGGGGAAGCCAGGCGCCGCUGAUCGCGCCCCUCUGCUGCGCCGCGGCCGCGCUGGGGAUGAUGCUGUGGACCCCCGCCUGUCAGGCGUUCAACCUGGACGUGGAAAAGCUCACAGUGUACAGCGGCCCCAAGGGCAGCUACUUCGGCUACGCCGUGGACUUCCACGUACCCGACGCCAGCACAGCGAGUGUCUUGGUGGGGGCGCCCAAAGCCAACACCAGCCAGCCCGAUAUCAUGGAAGGGGGAGCCGUCUAUUACUGUCCUUGGCCCGCGGAGGGGUCUGCGCAGUGCAGGCAGAUACCGUUUGACACCACCAACAACAGAAAGAUCAGAGUUAAUGGAACCAAAGAACCUAUCGAGUUCAAAUCCAAUCAGUGGUUCGGAGCAACAGUGAAAGCUCACAAAGGAAAAGUUGUGGCCUGUGCUCCUUUAUAUCACUGGAGAACUCUUAAACCGACACCAGAAAAGGACCCAGUUGGCACCUGCUAUGUAGCAAUUCAGAACUUCAGCGCCUAUGCCGAGUUCUCUCCUUGCCGGAACAGCAAUGCUGAUCCGGAAGGCCAGGGUUACUGCCAAGCAGGAUUUAGUCUGGAUUUUUAUAAGAAUGGAGACCUUAUUGUGGGAGGACCUGGGAGUUUCUACUGGCAAGGGCAAGUGAUCACUGCCAGUGUUGCAGAUAUCAUUGCAAAUUACUCAUUCAAGGAUAUCCUCAGGAAACUGGCAGGAGAAAAGCAAACGGAAGUGGCUCCAGCUUCCUAUGAUGACAGUUACCUUGGAUACUCAGUUGCUGCUGGGGAGUUUACUGGGGAUUCUCAGCAAGAAUUGGUUGCUGGAAUUCCAAGAGGAGCACAGAAUUUUGGAUAUGUUUCCAUCAUUAACUCUACGGAUAUGACGUUUAUUCAGAAUUUCACGGGAGAACAGAUGGCAUCUUAUUUUGGAUAUACCGUUGUCGUAUCAGAUGUUAACAGUGAUGGACUGGAUGAUGUCCUGGUUGGGGCACCUCUCUUUAUGGAACGUGAAUUUGAGAGCAACCCCAGAGAAGUAGGGCAAAUCUACCUGUAUUUGCAAGUGAGCUCUCUCCUCUUCAGAGACCCCCAGAUCCUCACUGGCACCGAGACGUUUGGGAGAUUCGGUAGUGCUAUGGCACACUUAGGAGACCUGAACCAAGAUGGAUACAAUGACGUUGCCAUCGGAGUGCCUUUUGCAGGCAAGGAUCAAAGAGGCAAAGUGCUCAUUUAUAAUGGGAACAAAGAUGGCUUAAACACCAAGCCUUCCCAAGUUCUGCAAGGAGUGUGGGCCUCACACGCUAUCCCUUCCGGAUUUGGCUUUACUUUAAGAGGAGAUUCAGACAUAGACAGGAAUGAUUACCCAGAUUUGAUUGUGGGUGCAUUUGGAACAGGAAAAGUUGCUGUUUACAGAGCAAGACCGGUUGUGACUGUAGAUGCCCAGCUUCUGCUGCACCCAAUGAUUAUCAAUCUUGAAAAUAAAACUUGCCAGGUUCCAGACUCUAUGACAUCUGCUGCCUGCUUUUCUUUAAGAGUAUGUGCAUCUGUCACAGGCCAGAGCAUUGCAAACACAAUAGUCUUGAUGGCAGAGGUGCAAUUAGAUUCCCUGAAACAGAAAGGAGCUAUUAAACGGACGCUCUUCCUUGAUAACCAUCAGGCUCACCGCAUCUUCCCUCUUGUGAUAAAACGGCAGAAAUCCCACCAGUGCCAGAAUUUCAUCGUUUACCUUCGAGAUGAAACUGAAUUCCGAGAUAAAUUAUCUCCAAUCAACAUUAGUUUGAAUUACAGUUUGGAUGAAUCCACCUUUAAAGAAGGCCUGGGAGUGAAACCAAUAUUGAACUACUACAGAGAAAACAUUGUUAGUGAACAGGCUCACAUUCUAGUGGACUGUGGAGAAGACAAUCUGUGUGUUCCUGACUUGAAGCUGUCGGCUAGACCAGAUAAGCAUCAGGUAAUCAUUGGAGAUGAAAAUCACCUUAUGCUCAUAAUAAAUGCAAGAAAUGAAGGAGAAGGAGCAUAUGAAGCUGAACUCUUUGUAAUGAUACCAGAAGAGGCAGAUUAUGUUGGGAUCGAACGCAACAACAAGGGAUUUCGACCACUGAGCUGUGAGUACAAGAUGGAAAACGUAACCAGGAUGGUGGUGUGUGACCUUGGGAACCCUAUGGUGUCUGGAACAAAUUAUUCCCUGGGCCUCCGAUUUGCAGUUCCACGUCUUGAGAAAACAAACAUGAGCAUUAACUUCGAUCUCCAAAUCAGAAGUUCCAACAAGGACAAUCCAGACAGCAAUUUUGUGAGCCUGCAAAUCAACAUCACUGCUGUAGCGCAGGUGGAAAUAAGAGGAGUGUCACACCCUCCGCAGAUUGUUCUGCCCAUUCAUAACUGGGAACCAGAAGAGGAGCCCCACAAAGAGGAGGAGGUUGGACCAUUGGUGGAACAUAUUUAUGAGCUGCACAAUAUUGGACCAAGUACCAUCAGUGACACCAUCCUGGAGGUGGGCUGGCCUUUCUCUGCCCGGGAUGAAUUUCUUCUCUAUAUUUUCCAUAUUCAAACUCUGGGACCUCUGCAGUGCCAAACAAAUCCUAAUAUCAAUCCACAGGAUAUAAAGCCUGCUGCCUCCCCAGAGGACACCCCUGAGCUCAGCGCCUUUUUGCAAAACUCUACUAUUCCUCAUCUUGUCAGGAAGAGGGAUGUGCAUGUGGUCGAAUUCCACAGACAGAGCCCUGCAAAAAUACUGAACUGCACAAAUAUCGAGUGUUUACAAAUCUCCUGUGCAGUGGGACAACUCGAAGGAGGAGAAAGCGCAGUCCUGAAAGUCAGGUCACGAUUGUGGGCCCACACCUUCCUCCAGAGAAAAAAUGAUCCCUAUGCUCUUGCAUCCCUGGUGUCCUUUGAAGUUAAGAAGAUGCCUUAUAAAGAUCAGCCAGCAAAACUCCCAGAAGGAAGCAUAGCAAUUAAGACAUCAGUUAUUUGGGCAACUCCGAAUGUUUCCUUCUCAAUCCCAUUAUGGGUAAUAAUACUAGCAAUACUUCUUGGAUUGUUGGUUCUCGCCAUUUUAACCUUAGCUUUAUGGAAGUGUGGAUUCUUUGACAGAGCCAGACCUCCUCAGGAGGACAUGACCGACAGGGAACAGCUGACAAAUGACAAGACCCCUGAGGCAUGACAAGAAAAAAAAAGAAGACCAAAGACCUCAAACACUGGUCCUGUUCAAAGAAAAAGAAAGAACAUGAGGGUUAAAAAUCAAAGCUUUCUGAUACCUGACAGUGACCCAGGAAAUGGAGGGGACCCUGGAAACAUCACCUCAUCUACACCACACUUUGGAGAAAUUGUCAUGGGUGCCCAGUGAGCCCUGUUGGAAAAGGAAACACCAAAGCUGGAGAAGCCAUCAGCAAUUGUGGAAGAUUUUCUUUUGCUUUAAUCGUUCUGUACUUGGCAGACACUUUGAAAUGGGUAUGGGAACGUAAGUUGCAGUCCAGAUCAAUCCAGCAUAAGUUGCAGAGAUGAAAUGUCUGAAUCACUAUAGAAUUUACAAGGUGAACUAAGGUGAAAUGACUGAUUUACUAUAGAACUUAGAACUAAGACCACACCGUCCAACACUACUGUAUCCAACGGAACAUUUGACACCUCCCUAUGGAAAAGAAACAUUUCUAAGGACAUUAUGGCUCAGGGAGACAAGCAAUAUGUUGUUGGUACUGUGAAAGUACUUUUGAAAGGACAAAAAUAAUCUUGUGAGUGAGGGUGAGAGUUUAUUUAUUUAUUUUCCAUGUCUCUAGGUUGAGAAUCUGUCAUCUAGAGAAUUUGGAAAUUAAGAUUUGGUUAGCUAGUUUUCAAAAUCACUCACUCAGUUUCCUCCUAAGAACCACUGUGUGCAGAUAACUCAUUUAGCAGAGCUUCUUCAGAAUUUAGACAGUGCUAAGGAAAGGAAGAUUGACAUUAGGAAUCAGUUCUAUUUAAUACCUUGCUGCCUUCCAUCUGAAAUUCCUUUCACUCACAUUAUCCAGGGACUCACAUCUGCUUAAUUUAGCUUUGCAAGAUGUUGCAUUUAUAUUUCCUUGUAUAUCUUUCCAUUGACUUAGUUAAUACAUGAAUUUCGAGGUACUCUCUACCUUUGGAGUGUUUAAAAGUCAUGGUAAAAUGUCUAGAGUUCAUUAAUUCAAAAGCAAUUUAACAUUAUGGGUAAACAUUAUUUUUAAUAUCUAUAAGAAGCAACACUUCUUAUAGAUAUUUAGCUUGGGAUUAAAUACCUGUUUUUCCUGCUAUGCCUUGUACUUGUAUACACAGAGAAAACAUGUUGAAUAUAACUUAGACAAAAACAUAAAAUUAUACAGGCAUGAGCCAAACUGGGAAAACUGAUUCCUAAAGAUUUUUAUUUAAAAUUGCUUAUUCCAACUUUAUUACUUAUUUUUACUGCUAAUCUUUAUAAUAUGUAACUUUGGAGAAUAAUCCUUUAUUUAAGCUAUUUUCCCAUCAUCUUGAAUUUAACCAUCACAAAUUUUUUAUGUUUAAAACUCUUGUAAAUAAUUCAUAAUCGUGUAAUAUUAUCAUUUUUGAAGUAAAAUUGACCAGCCAAAUUUAUAGGUAGUCUGCACAAUUUUGUAUCCUUUUUUAAUAAUGAAAAAUUACUAUGAAGAAAUAUUGAACAAAUUUUUAUGUGCAAUAUUUUAUAGACCUAUGUAUCUGAAGCAUGUUUACACUGGCGUUUUUUUUUUUAAUUAAUUUCCUAAAUGUUAAGUAUGACAGAACAAGCUGACCCAAAUCCUUAAGUUUACAAAGCUGUUGGAAAACUUUGUGUCCUGAUUUCAACAAUCAUGCUUUAUUUGAAAGAUGAGCCAAGCUCACAGACACUAAAUUUUAUGUCAUGCCAUAAGCUGGAGAGGAGCCAUUUGGCUACAGCUGCGGAACUUCAUUGAGGAGCAAAUGAAAGGCACAUGGACGAGCACGCUGGUGCAGUUCAUGUUCUUCCUGCCUGUGAAUUGAAUACUGUCCUGGUAGCAGUUUCGGGUCGGUCAGGAGCUCAAGGCUGGUUUGUGUGGCUGACUAUGGAUGAGCACUGAAGUUGCCUCAAAGAAUUAAGGGGUGUCCACACCAGCCUCUGGGGGUCUUUGAUGUUAGUCUUCCAGGUAGAGCUGGUUUUACCAGUAGGUGGCCAUCUACAGGAUGUGAUGUGAGUGAUGCCAGACAGCUCUCUCUGACCGCAGGUAAUGCCCUGAAUCUGGUGAUCCUGGCUGAUCUGUGACCAACAGAGAUUAGCUCCUCGGGAUUUGGGGUCCUAAAAGGUCCCUGAAAAAAUGCACCCCUUGUCUUUAAGCCAACAUUUGUGAAGGAACUGAGAACUCUUAGGGUUACAUAAACAAAGACCCCUGUUGAGAUAGUUUAUGCAGAUACCUGGAAGGAACUAGAGAUGCCAGGAGGAAGACUGAGACCCAGAAUGAAGCAAGGCAUGAGGGCUCCAAAGUGAACUGCACCAUCCCAGAGUCUCAGCCAAGAUGGCCCCUUCCUAGAGGGACGGGCACCUUCCACCUGCCCACAGGCACUGCUACCUAUGGGAAUUGCAGAAGGCCGUUGUACACAUGCGCAUGCACGUAGUGGCCCUCUGCCCUUUAGAAUAUGGAAGCAAAGGCUGGGUGCGGUGGCUCGUGACUGUAAUCCCAACACUUUGGGAGGCCGAGACGGGCAGAUCACCUGAGUUCAGGAGUUCAAGACCAGCCUGGCCAACAUGGCAAAACCCCAUCUCUACUAAAAAUACAAAAAUUAGCCAGGCAUGGUGGCAGUCUCCUGUAAUCCCAGCUACCUAGGAGGCUGAGGCAGAGAGAGAAUCGCUUGAACCCAGGAGGCGGAGGUUGCAGUGAGCUGAGAUCGUGCCACUGCACUCCAGCCUGGGUGACAGAGGGAAACUCUGUCUCAACAAAAAAAUAAAUAAAAUAAAAAAUAAAAAAAGAAUAUGGAAGCAAAUGGAGAAAGGGAGGAAACUGAGGUCAGGCAAACCUUCCAGCAAUCAGUUCUGCCCAGAGAACAUAUUGACGACAGAGAACACACUGAGCGUAUCUGCUUCUAGUUAGAGCAUUGCCGAUUGCCUUCAUAAUUCAUAAUGUGCUGUGCUCCUCUGAGGGUCUAUCUGUAUUUCUCUUCAAAGAAUUCCCUUUUUAAAUUCUUGCAGCUGGGUUUUAAGACACAAUAAUGGGGCAAAUUAAGUUUUAUAAACUUGGAGAUUUUUAUGCAGUAAAUAAAAAAAUAAUAUGUACUAGUCACCCCUGAAACUGCAUUCUUAGAACUCAACUCUUGUUUUAUUUAAAUACGUGCGUAGAUAUCUGUGAAGAUUUUCAUGUACCUAUUUACCUUGUCACUAAUAAAAUUAAAACUGAAAGAC